AUGAAAAGGACAUUGUCUCAACUCAGUACACACCGGACGUUGUCUCCACUUACUCCACAAAGAACAUUGUCUCCACUCAGAACACACCGGACGUUGUCUCCACUUACUCCACAAAGAACAUUGUCUCCACUCACUACACACACGACAUUGUCUCCACUCAGUACACACAGGACAUUGUCUCCACUCAGAACACACAGGACAUUGUCUCCACACACUUCACACAGGACACUAUCGCCACUCACAACACAGAGAAAAUUGACUCCACUCACUACACACAGGAGAUUGUCUCCACUCAGAACACACCGGACGUUGUCUCCACUUACUCCACAAAGAACAUUGUCUCCACUCAGAACACACCGGACAUUGUCUCCACUUACUCCACAAAGAACAUUGUCUCCAAACACACACGACAUUUUCUCCGCUCACUACACACAGGAGAUUGUCUCCACUCAGAACACACCGGACGUUGUCUCCACUUAG